CUUUAUUCUGUCAUCUAGUCUUUAGGAGCCGCUUUGAUUAAAACUCGUUGGCAUUUACAGACAUCGUAUUCAACCGACAAUUGCCGGAACAUCAAAACGUGGAAUAGUGAAGUGAAAACAUUUGGCGUCAUUAUUUUUUAAAAGAUCAUUCCAUCGUAUUAUUGAAGUUGAUUGAACUUUAAAACGAUGAAAAAGUUUAUCUAUUUUAGUUUAGUCUUUUUACUUGUAAUUGGCUGCUCAAGAGCUGAGAGCGAAAAAGCUGAAGAUGAAGUUGGAACAGUCGAAAGAGAUUUAGGAAAAAGUCGAGAAGCUGUAAGAACAGAUGAUGAAGUCGUUCAAAGAGAAGAAGAAGCAAUAAAUAUUGAUAAAUUAACCUCUACGCAGAAGUAUACAUUCCAAGCAGAGGUGAAUCGGAUGAUGAAACUCAUCAUCAAUUCUCUCUACAGAAAUAAAGAAAUCUUCUUAAGAGAAUUAAUCUCCAAUGCUUCUGAUGCUUUGGAUAAAAUAAGAUUACUUUCAUUGACAAUGAAAAAUGUUUUAGACUCCAAUCCAGAGCUUGCAAUCAGGAUAAAAGCAGAUAAAGAUAACAAAAUACUCAGUAUUACCGAUUCCGGAAUUGGAAUGACAAAACAAGAUUUAAUAAAUAAUUUAGGAACAAUCGCUAAAUCAGGAACUGCUGAAUUUUUAUCGAAAAUGCAGGAUGCUUCGUCGUCUCAAGACAUGAAUGAUAUGAUUGGUCAGUUUGGAGUAGGAUUUUACUCAGCUUUCUUAGUUGCUAACAAAGUCACUGUAACUACUAAGCAUAAUGAUGAUAAACAAUACAUUUGGGAGUCUGACAGUUCAAACUAUGCCAUCGCUGAAGAUCCUAGAGGAGAUACAUUGAAACGAGGAACAACUGUAAGUCUUCAUUUGAAGGAUGAAGCCUUGGACUUUUUGGAGCAAGAUACGAUUAAAAACCUUAUUAAAAAGUACUCACAAUUCAUUAAUUUCCCUAUCUAUUUAUGGAGUAGUAAAACUAUCCAAGUAGAAGAAACUGAAGAAAAAACCGAAGACGAGGCUCAAGAUGUGACUGAAAAAUCUAAAGAUUCAACUGAAGAAGAAGAAGAUGCAAAUGUUGAAGAAGCUUCUGAAGAUGAAGAAAAAAAGAAGAAAAAGAUGGUUGACAAAACAGUAUGGGAUUGGGAAAUAUUGAAUGAUUCUAAACCGAUUUGGACUCAGAAACCAUCUGAAGUGUCUGAUAAAGAUUACAACGAUUUCUACAAAGCACUUACAAAAGACAGUCAAGAUCCUUUGGCUAAAAUCCACUUCGUUGCUGAAGGAGAAGUAUCCUUUAAAGCUCUUUUAUUUAUUCCUAGAGUUCAACCAAGUGAAAGCUUCAAUCGAUAUGGAACCAAGACCGAUAACAUUAAGCUCUUUGUUCGUCGAGUUUUCAUCACUGAUAAAAUUAAUGAUAUGAUGCCCAAUUAUUUGAGUUUUAUUCAUGGUAUUGUUGACAGUGAUGACUUACCACUUAAUGUUUCUCGAGAAAAUCUUCAACAACAUAAACUUAUUAAAGUUAUCAAAAAGAAAUUAAUAAGAAAGGUCUUAGAUAUGAUUAAAAAACUUUCUGAAGAAGAUUAUGAAACCUUCUGGAAAGAAUACAGCACUAACAUUAAACUUGGAAUUCUUGAAGAUGCCCAAAAUCGUGCUCGUUUGUCCAAACUUUUGCAAUUUAAAUCAUCAAAGACUGACAAGCUGACCAAUUUAACUGAUUAUGUAAAAAGAAUGAAGCCAAAUCAAAAAGCAAUUUAUUACAUGGCUGGAGCAACAGAAGAUGAAGUAAAGAAGUCUCCAUUCGUUGAGCGCCUUGUCAAAAAAGGUUAUGAAGUUUUGUACCUUACUGAAGCCAUCGAUGAACACAGUAUCUCACCACUUCCACAAUUUGAAGGAAAGAAAUUCCAGAGUGUAGCUAAAGAAGGUCUUACUCUUGAUGAAAGUCCAAAAGCCAUGGAGAAGAUGAAGGAACUUAAGGCUACAUUUGAACCAUUAAUCAAAUGGCUUGGAGAUACAUUAACAGAAUAUGUUACUAAAGUCCAAAUCUCAGAACGUUUGUCAGAUUCUCCCUGUGCCUUGGUGGCCAGUAUGUUUGGCUGGACGGGUAACAUGGAAAGAUUAGCCAUUUCUAAUGCUCAUCAAAAAGCCAACGAUCCUCAAAAAUCCUAUUAUUUGAACCAAAAGAAAAUCUUGGAAAUUAAUCCAAAACAUCCUCUUAUCCGAGAACUUUUGAGACGAGUUGAAGCCGAUGCUGAAGAUGCAACUGCUAAAGAAAUGGCUACAGUUUUGAUAAAGACAGCUACUCUAAGAUCUGGAUAUAUGUUGAAAGAGACUGCAAGCUUCGCUAGCAGUGUUGAACAAUUAAUGAAGAAAGCCCUUGGUAUUCCUCUGGAUGAAGUACCUGAAGAAGAAGAUGAUGAAGAUGAUGAACCUAUUGAAAACCUUACUUCUACUGAUGGAACAGCGGAGGUUGAUGCUGAUGAGGAAGAGCCUAAAGAAGAGCAUGACGAACUAUAAUCCAUGAAAUUUAAUAAGAAUUUUCAUAUACAUCAUUCGAAAAACCGCAUUGACUGAUUUAAUAUUGAAUAUUAAGCGGUUUUUAUUCAUUUUUAAUUGAAAUUAAACUCAAUCAAUUACUCGAUCGCAUGUAAUUAUUAAAUAUAAAUAAUACCUGGAUCAUUUUUCAUGUUCAUGAGACAUCAGAGAGUGAAAAUUUACCUGCAAAUAUGAUCGAUAAUUAUCAAAUGAAAUUUAAAUAAUCAUACAAGUUGAAUAAUUCAUCCUAGUCUAUGAAAUAAUUAAUUGUUUUAUGUGAUUAUAUUUUCUACAGAUUUAUCGCACUAAAAUUGCAUUUAAAUUAUGAAUUUAUCUUAGAAAAUAUAGGUAAUGAAUGAAAGUUGAUCGAUUUCUAUUUUAAACCCGAAAUAAUUCCUCAGUUCACUCCAUUUUUGUUCUUCCGUCAAAUUUUUCAUUUAGGAGUGUACU